AUGGAAUUUGGCCUUGUGAUACGGAAAUCGCGCGGAGACUUCGCCAUCUUGCUCAGUCAUAUUGUUCUCGGCUGCAAGUUCGUUUGCACUGCAGUUAACAAGGCUGGUUUGGCCAAGCUCAUAGGACUUGCAGGAGAGACGAAUGUGCAGGGUGAAGAACAGAAGAAACUGGAUGUGCUCUCGAAUGAAGUCUUUAUCAAGGCGUUAGUCAGCAGUGGCCGAACUUGCAUCCUUGUCUCCGAAGAGGAUGAAGAGGCAACAUUUGUGGAACCCGCCCUGCGUGGAAAGUACUGUGUUGUGUUCGACCCAUUGGAUGGAUCAUCCAACAUCGACUGUGGUGUUUCUAUUGGAACUAUCGUUGGGAUUUAUGCAGUCAAAGACGGAGUUGACCCAAAGAUAGAAGAUGUCUUGCAGCCUGGGAAAAAUAUGGUAGCUGCGGGAUACUGCAAGUACGGAAGCUCCUGCACGCUUGUUCUUAGUACUGGAAAGGGAGUUAACGGGUUCACACUCGAUCCAUCUCUUGGAGAAUUCAUAUUGACUCACCCAGAUAUUAAGAUUCCCAUAAAAGGAAAAAGUUAUUCUGUCAACGAAGGAAAUGCCGAGAACUGGGAUGGACAACAGCAAAGUAUGUAUGUGGAAAAAUGCAAAUAUCCCCAAGAUGGAUCGCCAGCAAAAUCUCUGAGAUACAUUGGAAGCAUGGUAGCUGAUGUCCACCGCACUUUGCUCUACGGAGGCUUCUUUUUGUACCCAGCUGAUAAGAAAAGCCCAAAUGGGAAACUACGGGUGCUCUACGAAGUCUUCGCUAUGUCAUAUCUGAUGGAACAAGCCGGGGGACAAGCAUUUACAGGGAAACAACGGGCUCUCGACUUGCUUCCUACAAAGAUACACGAACGUUCACCGAUAUUCCUAGGUAGCUAUGACGAUGUUGAGGAGAUCAAAGCAUUGUACGCUGCUGAAGGGCAAAAAUAAUGAAGUUGUAAAUACCCUUUUCAACUACUGAGUUUGAAGAUAACUCAUAUCACAUAUGUAGUGAUAUAUAAUAUCACUAUUCUUUAAAAUAUACUUAGUACUACUAAUUUCAUUUGGCUCCUGUAUAGAUAAUGCCUUAUGUUCCAUGCAGCUCAUGUUUCAAUA